AUGAGAGUACCAAUGAGCAGCUGUCACCAAUUGGGCCAAAUGGCAUCGGACUACAAAUUCAACCCAAGAGUACCGCUGAAACUGUACCUGAAAACGUGCGUAAGUUUGCUGGAGGAAGCGCAACAAUCGUUCCAGCUGGGAAAUUUGCAACGCUCGUACAUAAUGUACCUCCGUUACCUAGAUUUAUGCACCAAAAAAUUGCCGGCCCAUCCUGAUCUGCACACACUUCAAGGUGACACAGACCGCGCUCUCGCCAGGAAAGGAUAUUUGCAACUACUGAAAUUGGAAGUCCCCGCAAUUCUCAGAAUUUCGGAAGACCUGAGGGUUCAACUAGAAAAAUCUUUCGCACAACAGGCAAAAUCGCUUGCGUCCAACGUUCCUAGACCACGCACAUACUCCAAAGAAAAACUGGAAAAGAUCGAACUUCCGUCCACUUUUAGUGAAACCCGUUUCAAACAGUCUCUCUCGGUGUUACAACACAAUACCGAAAGAUCGACAAUAGCAUUCAAUCAAAAGGAGGCAACCCUCGUAUACCCUGAACUGCCGCAGCUGGGUCACCCGUUUUACGCAUCCUAG